AUGCUUUCUGGCUGUAACGCGUGGUGUGACGAGGUGGGCUGGUCCAUCAAUACUGUCCUCGAGAACCUGCUAAAUACCUUCAACAGCAUCGACCUAAUCAGCCCGCUGCGUAAUUCCGCUGGCGAAAUGCAGACGACGCUGACCAAACUCGCUUCUCUUGAGGACUUCGAUUUUAGCACCGCUAUAAACCAGUUGAACCAACCUCUCACCGGAAUCCCCGACUUCGCCGAGUACAUACGGAAUCUCCGAGGCUUAGGCAUUGUGAGUCCCGUAUUCCAUUUAACUAUUUUCUUGAUGGUACUUAUCGUGUUUGGUGGGGAUCGUCAGUCCAAAGUCGCCAAUUGA